AGUUUGCUGUCAGAUGAAUUUUUGUCGUGUGGUGCCAUGCACGUAUUGGAAUUUUAAUUAAUCGAAUUUACUUGGUAUAAACCCGGUUUCCUGUUAUUUUAACCAAAUUAGCUUACUCUCCUUAGUUUUGUGGUAUACAGACAGCAUUUUAAAGGAGGUGGUUAUGAGUUUCGAGCUGUAAAUUCAGUUGCAACUAAAAUGGGAGCCAAAGUGUCUAGGAAUGAUUUUGAGUGGGUCUACACGGAGGAGCCGCAUGCUAGCCGCCGGAAAAUCAUCUUAGAAAAGUACCCCCAAAUCAAGCAGUUAUUCGGCUACGACCCGCUCUUCAAAUGGGUGGUGACGGCCAUGGUGCUGACACAAAUACUGAUGAUGCCGGUUGUCCAGAGACUGAGCUGGCCGGCUGCGAUGGUGUUGGCUUACUGCUUUGGAGGAGUCAUCAACCACUCACUCAUGUUGGCUAUCCACGAGAUCGCCCAUAACCUAGCAUUUGGCCACAACAGGCCGCUCCACAACCGACUGUUCGGUUUCUUCGCCAACCUGCCCAUCGGGAUACCUAUAUCCAUCAGCUUCAAGAAAUACCACCUGGAACACCAUAGAUACCAAGGCGACGAAGUCAUAGACACAGACUUGCCCACUUUGCUAGAAGCGAAACUGUUUUGUACCACUGGUGGGAAACUGCUGUGGCUGCUUCUCCAGCCGUUGUUUUAUUCCAUCCGCCCACUGGUGGUCCGGCCUAAGCCGCCGUCGCCGUUGGAGCUCGUCAACCUUGUCAUUCAACUGUUCUUCGAUGCUGUGGUCGUGCAGAUGUUUGGUUGGAAAGUCCUGGCCUACUUAGUCUUGGGAUCGCUGAUGGCUAUGGGAAUCCACCCAGUGGCUGGCCACUUCAUAUCCGAGCAUUACAUGUUCAAGAAGGGUUUCGAGACGUAUUCGUACUACGGACCCCUCAACUGGAUCACAUUCAACGUGGGGUACCAUAACGAGCACCAUGACUUCCCGGCAGUACCCGGCAGGAGACUGCCUGAGGUCAGGAGGAUAGCAUCAGAGUUCUACGACAACUUGCCGCAGCACAACAGCUGGUCAAGCGUGCUAUACGACUUUGUGACGGACCCCGACAUUGGGCCCUAUGCACGAAUCAAGAGGAAGCACCACGGUCUGGAUAGCUAGAUUUACUAAAUAUGGAAGAGAUUCUUACAUGCAGGUACGCUUUUCGGGUCUUAGUUAAUUGUUGUUUACUUCCAAAUCACAAAAUUAAAUAGGAAUAGGUACAUACAGUAUAUUUUUUAAUUUUAUAUAUACCCAUAAUAGUUACAGGGAUAAAUAUAGGGUGUAACAUUAAAAAAAACAAGAAUUGAAAGCUAGGAUCCUAGUUUUUCAAUUGAAUAUAAUGUAGUUUUGUAAAUUACACGAUACUUUAAUUAAAUUUUGC